AUGUCUUCGACAUCAGACCGCUUUUCAGCAGCAUCAGAAAAAUUCACCACAACACGCUCGGCAUCACAAACUGUUCAGGUCGAAUUCGGAGGUCAGAAGGUCGAUAUACCCAAAGGAGGUUACUAUGACCGCUACCGUAUGAACCCGAACCUCGAUGAGGUAGCCCAAGACCCGAAUGUGGGACACGAUAUUACAUUCCUGCGGAAAAUCCCUAAGAAACUGGUUGAUUCGAGGGUCGGUCAAGUAUAUGCACCCAAUUUCUACUAUCGCACUAGCAGCGUUCAGCUCGUCAUGCUCGCGCCUCUUGACCAGUUGAAGUCUAAGCUUCCGUCGCCUUUGGAGCCCAUCACAGCAUUGCCUGGCUACGGUUUAGUUGCAUUGACAUUUUAUUCGUAUCUGGUCUGCGAUAAUGAUCCUUACAACGAGGUCUCGAUCGCCAUUAUCAUUCGACAACCGGGUAGCACGAGUUACAGUUCCACACAACUUCUCAGCUCUAUAUGGAACCGCACAUUCUACGGCUAUGUCUUGGCUCUUCCAGUCGAUACCGAGAUUGCUCGGGUGAGGGGAAUAUAUGGAUAUCAACUCCCUAAGUGGAUGGCCAACAUUAACCUGAACAUGGACAAUCACAACAUCAAGGCCGAUAUUAGCGCGACCAACGGAACACUAGAUCUGACACUGGAUGUACCCCUUCCAGCGUUGAGGACCAUUCCGUCAGAAUCACGAAUUGGGACUAAUAACGCGGUCAACAAGAUCGACGGGAAAUGGUACCAGGUGGCUGUUCAGACGAACCCCCUUUUGGCGACACAGUGUCUUUUCCCUACCAAUGUCAAGCUCGUUCGGAACGAAGGUCCUUUGAGUCAACUCCUCAACGAGCUGGGCGUCUCGACUAUUGUGCGGAUGGAUGUUAUUAAAGAUGCGCAGAUGGUCUUGAAUAUGCCCACUCCAUUGAAGGUUUUUAACAGGGUUGGAUCAUUAGCUUAG